AUGGGUCUGUCCAGUCAAAAUGGUCAGCUGAGGGGCCCUGUGAAGCCCAGUGGUGGCCCCGGAGGAGGGGGCACACAGACACAGCAACAGAUGAACCAGUUGAAAAAUACCAACACAAUCAAUAAUGGCACUCAGCAGCAAGCACAGAGUAUGACCACCACUAUAAAGCCUGGUGAUGACUGGAAAAAGACUUUAAAACUCCCUCCAAAGGAUCUGAGAAUCAAAACCUCGGAUGUGACCUCCACAAAAGGAAAUGAGUUUGAAGAUUACUGUUUAAAACGGGAGUUAUUGAUGGGAAUUUUUGAAAUGGGCUGGGAAAAACCGUCUCCUAUUCAGGAGGAGAGCAUUCCCAUUGCUUUAUCUGGUAGGGAUAUCUUAGCUAGAGCAAAAAAUGGAACAGGCAAGAGCGGUGCCUACCUCAUUCCCUUACUUGAACGGCUAGACCUGAAGAAGGACAAUAUACAAGCAAUGGUGAUUGUUCCCACGAGAGAACUUGCUCUACAGGUCAGUCAAAUUUGCAUCCAGGUCAGCAAGCACAUGGGAGGGGCCAAAGUGAUGGCAACCACAGGAGGAACCAAUUUACGGGAUGACAUAAUGAGGCUUGAUGAUACAGUGCAUGUGGUAAUUGCUACCCCUGGCAGAAUCCUGGAUCUUAUCAAGAAAGGAGUAGCAAAGGUUGAUCAUGUCCAGAUGAUAGUAUUGGAUGAGGCAGAUAAGUUGCUAUCACAGGAUUUCGUGCAGAUAAUGGAGGAUAUUAUUCUCACAUUACCUAAAAACAGGCAGAUUUUAUUAUAUUCUGCUACUUUCCCUCUUAGUGUGCAAAAGUUUAUGAAUUCCCAUUUGCAGAAACCCUAUGAGAUUAACUUGAUGGAGGAACUAACGUUGAAGGGAGUAACCCAGUACUACGCAUAUGUAACUGAGCGCCAGAAAGUACACUGCCUCAACACACUUUUCUCCAGGCUUCAGAUAAACCAGUCGAUCAUUUUCUGUAACUCCUCCCAGCGAGUUGAAUUGCUAGCCAAGAAGAUUUCUCAACUGGGUUAUUCUUGCUUCUAUAUUCACGCUAAAAUGAGGCAGGAGCAUCGAAAUCGUGUGUUUCAUGAUUUCCGAAAUGGCUUAUGCCGCAAUCUUGUUUGCACUGAUCUGUUUACGCGAGGUAUUGAUAUACAAGCUGUGAAUGUGGUAAUAAACUUUGACUUCCCAAAGCUGGCAGAGACCUAUCUUCAUCGUAUUGGAAGAUCAGGUCGCUUUGGUCAUCUUGGCUUAGCCAUCAACUUGAUCACAUAUGAUGAUCGCUUCAACCUGAAAAGUAUUGAGGAGCAACUGGGAACAGAAAUUAAGCCUAUCCCAAGCAACAUUGACAAGAGCCUAUAUGUGGCAGAGUACCACAGUGAGCCUGUAGAAGAUGAAAAACCAUAACAAGCAUGCUUUGGCAAACUACGGAAG